AUGGGCAGUACUAACUCCAAACAAACUCCUUCACCAGACAGCAGCAAAAAGGCUAACAACAUGAGUACAGGUCAGAGAGACUCCAAGCAAAUUAAUGAAUUGUGCGGCCUCUCUGCUGAAAUCAAGGAGCCUGCAAGCACAGCUCUGGGAGUUUGCAGCAGUAAUGAGAAUAUUGAGGAUGUUUUCUGUAAGUUUGUGGUUCUGCAUGCUGAGAAUGAUGUAGAAGAAGCCAUCUGGAUCCAGAACCUGCUGCAGAAUAAAUUUUCUAUUAAACCUGGAAUAAUCUUUGCAGACAUGCCUUGUGGUAAACAUGCCUUGGAAAACUUAAGUGAUGCUGUGAAUGGCUCAGCAUGGGCUAUUAUAUUACUGACAGAAAAUUUUCUGAAUGAACCUUGGUAUAAUCUCUCUUACACCUCCCUUGUCAGUCCUCUUAACAAACAGCACAAAUACAACUCUCUGAUACCUGUGAGGCUGCUGAAUAACCCACUUCUCUGGGAGAAGACUCCCUUUGCCUUGCAGGCUAUUAACGUGCUGGAAGAAGACAGUCCUGACUGCAAAAUAGUGGAGAAAAUUUUCCAGGAGUCUACAUAUAGGCAGCAGCAAGAGAUACGGAGGGAGAAAAGGAUGAAAAAGAAACUAGAGCACUUGUAAUGGUGAAAAAGCUGUGAGGACAGAUGAUUAUCAGA